UGUUGAUGACAGCGACAGAGCUGUCAAGCUUUUCAACUUAACCUAUUUGUUUGCGUGCUACAAAAACCACGUCGCCCUGUCGCCUAAAUUGUGAAUGUAAUUUUGCAAAAAUGGCGAAGUUCGAUUUGACUUCUAAAAUAGCUCAAUACUUGGAUCGGCAUCUCGUCUUUCCUUUGCUUGAGUUCGUUUCCGCCAAGGGAACGUACAACAAGAACGACCUUUUGAAAGCGAAAUUGGAUAUAUUGAGUAAAACCAACAUGAUCGAUUACGCCAUAGAUAUCAGGAAAGAAUUGUACCCAGAGGAAGAAGUACCCGAGGAUUUGAAAGAAAGGAGAUCGCACGUUGUUGCGCAGCUCCACCAGUUACAAGAAGAAGUAGAACCUAUUUUGAAGGUUCUUGAUGAUGAGGAGUUCACAAAGAAUAUGGAGACGAUGAGGGAUUCGAAAACACUCAUCAACUAUCUUACGAAUACCUACAAGAUUAAUAUUGAGAUGGUAGACAGUUUGCACACAUUGGCUAAAUACCGUUAUGAGUGUGGCAUGUAUGCAGUGUCUACUUCCUACCUCUACUUCUGCCUCCUAGUGCUUCCACCCAAUGACAAACACUACCUGAGUGCCCUCUGGGGGAAACUAGCCUCAGAAAUCCUCUACCAGAACUGGGACUCGGCACUAGAGGAUCUCAACAAGCUGAGAGAGUACAUCGACUCGAGUCCCAGUCAGUUUGGAGGCAAUGCCUUGCAACUACUCCAGCAGAGAACGUGGCUUAUCCAUUGGUCACUUUUUGUAUUCUUCAAUCAUGAGCUCGGGAGAGAAUAUAUCAUUGACAUGUUUUUGUACAGACCACAUUACUUGAAUGCCAUUCAAACAAUGUGCCCUCACAUAUUGAGGUAUUUGGCCACAGCAGUUAUUAUCAACCCUAGCAGGAGGUCUGCUCUGAAGGAUGUUGUGAAAGUAAUACAACAAGAGAGUUAUACCUAUAGGGAUCCAAUUACAGAAUUCCUCGAACAUCUGUAUGUAAACUUCGACUUUGAAGGGGCUAGACAAAAACUACACGAAUGCAAGUCAGUAGUUUCAAAUGACUUCUUCCUUAUCUCCUGCCUUGAUGCAUUUGUAGAAAACGCUAGGCUUAUGAUCUUUGAGACUUUCUGUCGGAUACACCAGUGCAUCAGCAUAGGAAUGCUGGCUGAAAAACUGAACAUGAACCCAGACGAAGCAGAAUGCUGGAUCGUCAAUUUAAUAAGGAAAGCUGGACUGGAUGCCAAAAUUGAUUCAAAACUGGGUCAUGUGGUAAUGGGAGCUCAGCCCUUGUCGCCUUACCAGCAGCUCAUAGAAAAAAUUGAUUCUCUCUCAGUGAGAUCGGAAACGCUGUGUGGAAUCAUUGACAAGAGGUUGAGUCAGAGAAGUGAUAUACGUUGGGGAAAUCAGCAUUUUUAAGAAUCUAAAACUGAACUGCUAUUUUUUGUAUUAAAGCUAACGUUUUUCAUAUUGUGAAGUGCUGAAUAAAAACACUACAGCCAU